CGCAGUAUUACAGUGCAGAGGAGUCGGUGGAGAUGGGCUUGUGACAAAGUAGUGUUAUCAAGUUGACCAGCUACGGUAUGACUUAAGCGUUAUAGUUUCUUUUUCGUUGCACUGCUGCGCUUAUUCCGAACAUCAAGUUUCCUUAGGAGGCCUUGAGUGUUCCUGCAGCCAGAAGACGGGUGACUUACACAAGUGUUUCAUCCACGGUUCGACCAGUGUGCUUCAAUGGUCCACUUCUCAAGGCUCAUGCUUUCACCCAUGUCCUACACGUUAUCGUGGGUGCUGCUGCUUGAGGCUUUCAGCAUCUGCCUGGCCACCUAUGAGGAUUCAGUAUCCCUGCAGGAGGUAGACGAGAAUCCUAUCGCCUCAAACUCCAAAGAAUCUCUUGACACCUGCUGCUGUGGAAAAGGAGGCGUGGAUGGAGGAGCAGCUGAGGUUGUGGGGAGGUUCAGCGAAGCUGUAGUGACACUUCUGGCUAGUAGCUCUCUCCCUGACAAAGCAGGAGUUGCGUGCCCUUACCCCUAUACCCAGGUGGUAAACGAGUGCUUUUACGCCCACCAGAAAAAGCUUACGUGGGCACAGGCGAGGCGGGUAUGUCAAGGUAUGGGUGGGCACCUGACCGAGCCGCACCAUUCCUACGCCUUACAAGCUUAUCUGUCUGAGACCUACGGACCUGGAUACUUCUGGGUUGGAGGCACUGAUGAAGGCACGGAAGGGUCGUGGAGGUGGGUGGAGUCAGGUCGCCCUGUUGACCCUACUGACUGGCUCUUCCUGAGACCUGACAACCGUGCUGGAGACGAGCACUGCCUCGAGGUAGUCAUGUCAGACUACCCGGGACUCUACAACGAUGAGACCUGCACCGUAGCUCAAAGGUUCAUCUGUCAGUAUAAGAACUACGAGUGAAGCUUCGGAAAUGAGACCUGCACCGAAGCUUUACCUGUUUUGUUUCCUCUUGAUUCAUUCUCGUCACAGCGUUCAACUUUAGCGGGAUAUCCUAGGUCCAGUUCUCCGUAAUUCACUAUUUAAAACCAUUGUAAAUGUUUAAAAUUAUGUAAGCGUCCUAAAUAAAUACUUUAUGGCUCAAGA